AAAGAAAGUACGAAAAUGUCCUUCUCUAAGGCCAAAUUGAAGCGCUUCAAUGACGUGGAUGUGGCCGUUUGCGGCUCGCCAGCUGCCUCGAACAGCUCGGCAGGAUCGGCGGGCAGUGCCACGCCCACGGCAGCUGCUGCGGCUGCACCCACCGUUCAACCAGAGCGCAAGGAGCAGAUCGAGAAGUUCUUCAAGGACGCAGUGCGCUUUGCAUCUAGCUCGAAAGAGGCUAAGGAAUUCGCCAUUCCCAAGGAGGACAAGAAGUCCAAGGGUCUGAGGCUGUUCCGUACCCCAUCGCUGCCCCAGCGUCUGCGCUUCCGUCCCACACCAAGCCACCAGGAUGUGGCCAGCGGCAGCGGAAGCGGCGCCUCCACAGCGGCCUCCACCCCCUUGCACUCAGCAGCCACCACGCCGGUGAAGGAGGCCAAGUCCGCCAGCCGGUUGAAAGGCAAGGAGGCCCUGCAGCAGGAGAUCCGCCACAAGAACGAACUUAUCGAGAGCCAGCUGAGUCAGUUGGACGUCCUGCGCCGCCAUGUGGAGCAGCUGAAGGAGGCCGAGGCCAAGCUGCGCGAGGAGCACGAGCUCUCUACCGCCAAAAUGGAGCAAAUGAUUGAGGCUUUGACCGGCGAGAACCUCUCGCACAAGUCCCUGAACGAGCAGAUGACCCGUGAGCACUCCGAACUCAUGGAGCGAUUUGCCAACCUGGAGCAGCAGUUGCACCAGCAGCGUGCGGAGCACGAGCGCCAGGUGGACACACUGAUUGCCGAGAGUGAGGCUCUGCGCCUGGCCAACGAGCAGAUGCAGGCGGACAGCGACGAGCGUGCCUCCCACCAGCAGCAGCUUCAGAUCCAGCUGGCCGAGCUCCAAAUGGAGGUGGCUCAGGCCAAGGAGCGUUGCACCCAGGAGCAGGCCAAGACCGCAGAGAACAUCGUUUUGGUGGAAGAUCUCCAACAGAGCAAUGCUUCGCUUCUGGCUGAGGUGGGCCAACUGAAAAUUCAGAUCGAACAGGAUGCCCUGAACUAUGGCCAGGAGGCGAAGAGCACCCAGGCCGAGUUGGAGUGCCUGAAGGUGGAGCGCAAUACCCUGAAGAACGACCUGGCCAACAAGUGCACUCUCAUUCGUUCCCUGCAGGACGAACUUCUGGACAAGAACUGCGAGAUCGAUGCCCACUGCGACACCAUCAGGCAGCUGUGCCGGGAGCAGGCUCGCCAGGCGGAGCAACAGCAGGCGGUGGCCAAGGUGCAGCAGCAGGUGGAGAGCGAUCUGGAGGGCGCCGUGGAGCGUGAGAAGAGCUACUGGCGUGCCGAGCUGGACAAGCGCCAGAAGCUGGCCGAGAACGAGCUGAUCAAGAUCGAGCUCGAGAAGCAGGAUGUGAUGGUGCUGCUGGAGACCACCAACGACAUGCUGCGCCAGCGGGACGAGAAGCUGCAGAAGUGCGAGGAGCAACUGCGCAACGGCAUCGACUACUACAUCCAGUUGAGCGAUGCCCUGCAGCAGCAGGUCGUGCAACUGAAGCAGGACAUGGCCAAGACCAUCACGGAGAAGUACAACUAUCAGCUGACCCUGACCAACACCCGGGCCACCGUAAACAUUCUGAUGGAGCGACUGAAGAAGUCGGACGCCGAUGUGGAGCAGUUCCGGGCGGAGCUAGAGUCUGUGCAGCUGGCCAAGGGGGCUCUGGAGCAGAGCUACUUGAGUCUGCAGGCCGAUGCGGAGCAACUGCGUCAACAGCUGACCGAGAGCCAAGAGGCACUGUCUGCCUUGAGAUCCUCAUCCCAGACGCUGCAGGGCGAGGUAUCGUUGAAGGAGUCAAUGCUCCAUGAACUGCUCGCCGGCGAGGCAGAGACUUUGGCCAAAUUCAAUCAGAUUGCUAACUCGUUCCAGGAGCGAAUCGACGGGGAUGCCCAGCUGGCCCACUACCACGAGCUGCGCCGCAAGGACGAGACCCGCGAGGCCUACAUGGCCGACAUGAAGAAGGCCCUGGACGAGUUCGCCACCGUGCUGCAGUUCGCCCAGCUGGAGCUGGACAACAAGGAGCAGAUGCUGGUCAAGGUGCGCGAGGAGUGUGAGCAGCUGAAGCUGGAGAACAUUGCUUUGAAAUCGAAGCAGCCUGGCUCCGGUGCUCUCCUGGGCACUCCCGGCAAGGCCAACCGCUCCAACACCACCGACCUGGAAAAGAUCGAGGAUCUGCUCUGCGACUCGGAACUGCGUGCCGAGUGCGACAAGAUCACCUCGUGGCUGCUCAACUCCUCGGAGAAGUGCGUGCGCCAGGAUAGCAACAGCGAGAUCAGCGAGCUGCUUUCCUGCAAAUCUUCGCCUCGUCCCGCCCCACGCACUCCCAAGGCCACUCCGGCCACGCCCCGCAGCCCCAGGACACCGCGCACCCCCAAAUCGGCGGCCAGCACGCCCAAGAAGACGAUCCUGUUCGCCGGCAAGGAGAACAUGCCCAGCCCGCCCCAGAAGCAGGUGCUCAAGGCGCGCAAUGUCUAGGCUACUCCUUUGGGCCACCAUUUCCUAUAAUGUACUACCUUAAAUUAUAUCCUAGCUAAGAUCUGAUUUGAAAAAUAUAUUCAACACAUGCAUGUUGCAUACAACACAACCAGAGGUUUCUCAAAAUUAAUUUAUUAAAGGCUGCAAUUUUCAACUCAAAAUUUACAUUUUUUAAAGGUUUAAGCCUUUCUAUCUCGCCUCUUGAAAUUCUAUUAUUAUCUUCUUUUAAAAAGGAACUCUGACCAUUAUUUAGAUAAGAAAAUUAUAAGUAUUUUGCACAACAAAAGAGGUGUCUUAAAAAAAUAUAUCUUCAAUUUUCUUUUAACCUAAUUAAAAAGAUUUUUUGAACGAACUUAUUCCAAUAAAGUAAUCCAAUAACUAAAAUAAAAUCUCCUAUCUUGCCUCUUGAAGUUGUGUUCUUUUUCUACAAAAGAAGCUCCUCCUUUAAAAAGGAUCACAAACCAUUAUAUAGAUUAGCAAAAUAUUAAUAUUUUAUUAUACCUUUACAUUUUUGAUUGUACUUGUCCAAUCUAUGAUUGAUAUUUUCAGUACUUAAUAAAAUUGUAAAAAACUUUA